AGUGAUAGGCCCACGAUCUCUUAGAAUAGUGAGCUUUAAUGUCACUGCUGCAAAUUCAUUUAUCAUAUUUGUAAGUUUUCACUUUUCACACGUCCAUCUCUUUUAUUCAAUACUUUCACUCAAAGAAAUGAAAAAAUCGACAUCAAAUUGUUCUCUUCUGCUCUAAUUUUUUUUUUUCCUUGUAAUUUUUCUUUCAAUUUUAAUUUAAUGUACUUUUUUUAUUAUUAUCUUUUUUGUAGUUCAAGAUUUGCCGACAUAGUUCCAAUGUCUUCCAUUAGCACUCAAAAUGCCUCCUCUUUGUUGUCAUUUUCAUCUUCAACACCACAAUGGAAAUAUGAUGUCUUUCUUAGUUUUAGAGGUGAUGACACCUGUAAUAGUUUUACGGACCAUCUCUACGUUGCUUUGAAACAAAAGGGCAUAAUCAUCUUUAGAGAUGAGGAAGAAAUUAAGAGAGCAAAAUCUAUUUCACCAGAGUUCUUGAAAGCAAUAGAAGAAUCAAGAUUUGUGAUUGUCAUUCUCUCAAGAAACUAUGCAUCUUCAACAUGGUGCUUGGAUGAACUUGUAAAGAUCAUAGAAUGCAUGAAAGAGAUGAAAACAAUUGUUUUUCCAAUUUUUUAUGAUGUGGAUCCAACUAAUGUACGAAAACAAACAGGCACUUUUGCUGAAGCCUUUUCUAAACAUGAAGAAUGUUUCAAGGACUUCAUAGAGAAGGUGCAAACAUGGAGAGUUGCUUUAAGAGAAUUGGCAAAUCUCAAAGGUUGGCACCUACUAGAUAGGUCUAAGACACAAUUUAUCCAGCAUAUUGUGGGAGAGUUAUGGCAUAAAUUAAGUUAUGCACACUUUGAAGAUUUUGAAGAUCUUGUAGGAAUAGAAUAUCGAGUGAAGGAAUUGGAGUCAUGUUUGGCUAUAGGGUCCGAUGAUGUUCGCUUUAUAGGGGUUUGGGGGAUGGGGGGAAUAGGUAAAACAACUCUUGCUAGAGUUGUUUUUCAAAUGGUUUUGGAGAAGUUUGAAGGUUGUUGCUUUCUACCUAAUAUUAGGGAGGUUUCUGAAAAAGAUGGUUUAAUUCGAUCGCAACAACUUCUUCUUUCAAAAAUAUCAAAUGAAAGGAUAAGUAUACAAGAUGUUAAUGAGGGAGUUUUCAUGAUCAAGAAUAGGUUACGUCAUAAAAGAAUUCUUCUUGUUCUUGAUGAUGUAGAUCAAUUAGACCAAUGCAAUAAGUUAGUUGGGGAGCAUAAUUGGUUUGGUUCAGGUAGUAGAGUUAUUAUAACAACAAGGGAUAAGCAUUUACUAGAACUACUUGGAGUAGAUGGAAUAUAUGAUGCUAAAGGAUUGAAUGAUAAUGAAUCUCUUCAUCUCCUUAGUUUGAAAGCUUUUAAAAAAUUGCAUCCUCCCAAUGAUUUUCUGCAGAUUUCCAAAGAUGUUGUGCAUCAUACAUGCGGACUUCCUUUAGCCAUUGAGAUUAUAGGUUCCCUUUUGUUUAACAGAAGUAUCAAUCAAUGGAAAAGUACAUUAAAUAGGCUUACAACAUUUCCUGAACAUCAUAUUAUCAAAGCACUUAGAAUAAGUUUUGAUGGGCUACAUGAAGUAGAGAAGGAAAUAUUCCUACAUAUUGCAUGUUUCUUUAAUCAUAUGGAUCAAGAUAAGGUCAUAGAAAUACUAGAUUGUCUUGCCCUACAUCCUAGAAUUGGAUUAGAUGUUCUAUUUAAGAAAUCCCUCAUAAAAUUGUAUUGGAAUCAAUUGUGGGUGCAUGGUUUAUUACAAGAAAUGGGUUGGAGCAUAGUUCAUGAUGAGUGCCAUAAAGAUCCUGGGAAGCGUAGUAAAUUGUGGUUGUAUAAAGACAUUGACCAAGUGCUGACAAAAAAUACGGGAACAAAAGCAGUUGAAGGCAUAGUCCUAAAUUUACCCAAACUAAUAGAGGCAGAUUGGAAUCCUAGAUCCUUUUUAAUGAUGCAACAUUUAAAAUUGCUCAUAAUCAAUAAUGUUCACCUUAUGCAUGACCCUAAACAUCUUUCCAAUGACUUAAGAUAUCUUGAUUGGCGUGGGUACUCUUCAAAAUCUUUGCCAUCAAGUUUCCAAUCAAACGAGCUUAUUGAACUUCACAUGUGCUGUAGCUACAUUGAACGACUUUGGAAAGGAACAAAGGGACAUUCUCUUGACGACAGACAUCUGCAUAAGAAAUAUGCCAUCAUUUUUCCUGGAAGUAAAAUUCCGAAAUGGUUUAGGCAUCAAAGUAUAGGGGCUGAAGUGAAUAUAAAAGAACCUUUUUCUCGUUUGUGUAAUGAGUGGAUGGGGAUCGCUGUCUGCGUUGUAUUUUGUUCUCAUCCACAUCACCAAAUCCCCAAUGGUGAUUCACUUUCCUGUUGGCUGGUAGCCAAUGGAAAAAAAAUGUCUUCUGCACCAAACACUGGCCAUAUUGUUGUUUUAUCGGAUCACAUCUGGCUACUUUAUUUGCUUCCUCAAUACUACCAAGAGAAACAAAUAAAAUUAUUGUGGGAAUGUGAUGCAAAUGGAUUCAUUCGGGUUGGAAUUAGAAUUAUGACUCAUUGUUCAGUCUUUGAGGUGAAGAGAUGCGGGUUCCGUAUGGUAUAUAAGAAAGACAUUGAAGAUGUCAACCGAAGUAUGGCUCAGUGUAGCAACAAUAGCACCAUUCCUUAUUAGGGUUUGGAUGUUGUCCAUCAUAAAUUCGGCAAUGCCAAGCGAACCCGUGAUGACUAUGAUGGGGCUAGACCUAAUGGAGAAGGAAGCUCUAAUGAUGUACCACACCCAAAACGGAUUGUGAGGAGUCUAUUGAGUAUAGAGAAUGUGGUGAGGAGUUAAGUGAUUGGGAGGAAUCUAGUGAAAGUGACCGGGAAGGUUAAUCAACUUUUUUCUCUACAUUACCUGCAUGGACAAAGGGAAUCAGGGAAAUUUAGAAAAUGACAAGGCAAUUGUGAAGAAAGAGCCUUUCUCUGCCAUUAAUGUGGUCUUGUAUUGUAAAAGUUUGGUUACAAUGUGCUGGGUAACUAACAAUUUAAAAAACAAUGAAAAGCCUUGACAGCAGCAGGAUAAGCAAAUCCAGACCUUUAGAGAGUGUUCCAACUGGAAACCACUCAUGUUGUAGGAAAGCUGCAAGGGUAGGAGAAGAAAAUAGAGGGGAUCUAGUUUCUUUUGUAAAAAUAGAGAAGGUGCAUGUCCAUGGCUGGUUGUUUCA